AUGAUCGACCAGACAAUUUUCGAAGAUCUCCAAACAAAGAUCGACGAGGAGAGCACCGUCCGUGACGAACUGCAUGAGAUUGUCCAAACUCUUGCCCGCAGAGGGCGCUCUACACAAGCUAUCCUGUCGCGGGCUCACUCCACGCCUGCUGAUCAAUUGAAGCCCGUGCUUGACGAUGUGACUACUGAGAUCCUUGCUCAGAAGCAGGAAGUCGCCCGUCUCAAGACUGUGGCUGACAAGCACCCCUUCUAUAAGUACAACGGGCUGUGGACUCGUGAGCUGCAGAACCUGGUUGCCUCGGUUGAGCUUUGCGCGUGGUUGGGUGGAUUACAGGAGCACAAGGGACCUAGCUCAGCUUCUUUCAUGACUAUUGAAGACGUUGGCAAGUUUCUUGAGAUCCCGGUCAACCUGAAGGAGCAAGAUGCUUUCCACUUGACUAUAGAGGAGUAUCUCCUGGCAUUGAUUGCCAUGGUUGAGGAACUGUCUCGCUUGGCCGUCAACUCCGUCACUCUGGGUGAUUAUACGCGUCCCAUGCAGAUUAGCAACUUUAUCAAGGAGCUGUUUGCUGGCUUCCAGCUCUUGAACCUGAAGAAUGAUAUCUUGCGCAAGCGCAGUGAUGGUAUCAAGUAUAGUGUCAAGAAGGUUGAGGACGUCGUCUAUGAUCUAUCCCUGCGGAAUCUGAUUCCCAAGGGUGCCGCCUCUGCUUAG